AUGAACCAACUUCCAAUGAUCCUGCGGCCUGCCGUUCGCAAAGGGCCUCGGUAUUCCGUUCGCCCGUUCUACACUACACUCUUGGUGUUCGCGGCCCUUGUGGCACUGAGCUGGGCUGUACGCAGCAAUAUAAUUGGACAAUCCCCACGACGUACCACUACGAAUGUGCUCCUGGCCAGGAGAGAAAAUGAACCAGAGUGCCGUCAAGUUCGUGAUGUCAAGGACCAAUGCGCUUAUAUCCAUGCCAACUGCCCCGACCAUGAAGAUGGCCUACUAUCCUACUUGCAGCUAUAUUACUGUACUCUGGCAGAUGCGAAACCGCUGGCUUUCACAAUCCUCAUACUUUGGCUAUCGCUCCUAUUUAGUACAAUUGGUAUAGCGGCCAGUGACUUCUUGUGUAUUGACCUGAGCACACUGGCAAGCAUUCUAGGGCUAAGUGAAAGUCUUACCGGCGUCACCUUCCUCGCGUUUGGCAAUGGCAGCCCCGAUGUCUUUUCCACAUUCGCCGCAAUGCGCUCAAAUAGCGGCAGCUUGGCCAUUGGCGAGCUGAUUGGGGCUGCCAGUUUUAUCACCUCAGUUGUGGCCGGUUCCAUGGCUUUGGUCCGACCUUUUAAAGUGGCACGCCGGAGCUUUGUCCGCGAUAUAGGGUACUUUGUGGUUGCUGUUACUUUCAGCAUGUUCCUGUUGGCUGAUGGCCGACUUCAUGUGUGGGAAUCCGCGGCAAUGGUGGGACUGUACGUUUUUUACGUCUUUAUGGUCGUGACCUGGCACUGGUAUUUGGUCCGGCGCCGCCGGAAGUACGAAAGAGACCUUGCGGCACGAACCCACUUCCACAUCCCAGAUAAUCAAGAAUUGGAUGUUGAAGAACCUAUAGAAGACGAUGAUCCGGGAGUUGCCUCGGAAUCACGAAGCCUUCUUCGUGGUGCAUCGACUGAUGACUUUGACCUGUUGGAACGGACUGAAGGAAUUCCUCUUUGGAAAGAACAAGAGGAUGAAGAUGACGAGACCCGGAACCGCUAUCUUGCUGAAAUCAGCGACAAUAUGCAUGUAUAUCGUCCGCCCAAUCGGUCUCGACGAAACACGAUGAAUCCCAUUCGGCCCAGUCUCGUUGGUGCACUGGAAUUCCAGUCGGUGCUCCAUUCGCUCCAGAAAUCAAGGAACACGAAUAUCAACCCAACUAUCAGCUUGAGUAGCUACUCGGACGACGGUGAAAAUUCUCAAGCUUUCGACACUCGGUCUAUUGCAUCACAUCCUCGUGCCACCAGGCCAUCUACUACCAAUGACCGCCUUUCGCCGCAAAGUGCAUCCGGCUCUUCACGAGUUCGUGCGGUGUCGGCCAAUGACGCUGAUGGAUUACAAAUUGACACCAGUGUUUUAGGUCGCCACACAGACAAGACGCCACGCCUGACUGUGAGGCGGCCCUCCAAUGAAGCCGGUGACUCGGCUCCCUUCGUGGCCCCUGAACUGCCCCGUAUAGACACUAGUGCUGAACUAACGGCAUCGCCAUCAUCUUCCGCCGUGUCAUCCACAUGUGGAAGUCCAGUAGAUGCAGCAGCUCCACAGACUCCAGACCUACUGGCUCCCCCAGGAGCAUUCCAGUCUCCGAACUAUCUCACUGGCGCGACGCACGACCGAUCCCCCGCUCCUGUAUCCCCGCGGGGUGGUUCCAGUCUUCGAACCGGACUUGCACUGGAGAGUCCCUCCGCACCGUUUCCCGCGUUUAUUGAUAUGCCAUCCCGUCCAUCUUCUCGUCCACCUAGCAUUCGACUCCCCUAUCCAGCCAGUCCAUCGGAGCCUUUUCUAGUUCAUGACAGCAUUAAUGACAUCGACAAUGAUAACAAUGCCUCAUUGCGGAAUCCCUUCAAGCGUUUCUGGCCUUACUCGGUUCUCCCCGCUCCCUCGCAUAUUUGUUGCACACUUUUUCCAACCUUGGCGGGAUGGAAGUCAAAGAACUUCAUGGAGCGAUGUCUGGGCAUCGUUGCUGCGCCCAGUGUAUUCCUUCUCACCAUCACCGUCCCGGUCAUUGAGCCUCAUGCUCCCGAGUCCUUGGAGCCAGACAUGAUACCCGCUGUGGUCGUAGACGAAUUUAAUGACAAUGCCAACCCUGCUCCGAGAGUCAUGCUGCCGGCCGAUAGUCCAUUGCAGUCGCCUAUUCUGCUUGGUCGCCACGACUCUGUGCCUCACGUAUCAGUAUCGAAUUCCCAUCGCAAGUCAACCAUUCAGGAUCCAACUAGUCGUCCGCGCUGGGACUCGGAGCUUCCGGCCGCACCACCGGUCAUGUGUGAGCCAUCAACGCCAGCCAGGGAUUGGAAUCGUUGGCUUGUUAUAAUGCAGCUUUUCACCGGUCCAUUCUUCUUUGUCCUCAUUGCAUGGUCAACUUUGGACGAAGACCUCAAUCCCCGAAAUCUUCUUUUCCCCACUCUGGUUUCCCUUCUAUUCUCCUUCAUCUUUCUCUCGCUUCUCUUAACCACCACCCGGCGUCGUCCUUGGCACCGACAGGCCUUUACAGACCCAGCCAGUCAACAGCGCCAAGGAUCGCUUGAUGUGAUUCCACCCCCAUCCCUUCCAUCCUCGUGGAGACCUUUCCUCUCUCUGCUUGGAUUUUUGGUUGCUAUUUCCUGGAUCGCAACAAUCGCCACAGAGGUGGUCUCUUUACUGAAAACCAUCGGUGUCAUUCUCGAUAUCUCAGACUCACUGCUAGGCUUGACUGUCUUUGCCGUGGGUAAUUCUCUCGGCGAUCUUGUCGCAGAUAUCACCGUUGCCCGCCUUGGUUACCCUGUCAUGGCCCUCAGUGCGUGCUUUGGCGGCCCGAUGCUCAACAUCUUGCUUGGAAUUGGCCUUGGAGGCUUAUAUAUGACACUGAAUGGAGGCAAAACACGUCGACAUGACGAAAUUCUUGGUAGAGCUGUCUCUUCGAAGCCAGUUUCUUAUGAGAUCGCCAUAUCCAAGGUGCUAGUUAUCAGUGGCGCUACCCUUUUGAUGGUCCUGGUCGGUCUUUUGAUUGUGGUCCCUUUGAAUGGUUGGCGCAUGGACCGCAAGAUCGGAUGGGGUCUCAUCGCUGUGUGGUGUGUGAGUACCUUAGGAAAUGUGAUUGCGGAGAUUGUAAUUUAA